AUGCCACGAAUGCCACGUACCGGGAAGGAAAUUCAAGAACAAUUAAUUACUAUUAAGAAAUUUAUCCCUCAAAAUCCUGCGGAUCGAUGUCUUACUGCAAUUUACAUGAACAUAGCGGUUUUUAUAAUUGGUUACACAAUAUUAUUUACUUAUAAUAUCUACUGUUAUUUUCGCUACCGGCGAGGAUGGGCGGCUGAAGCAAAUGGCCAAAUGAUAUUUAAAUUAAAUCAUUCGACGGAUGACUUAAAUUUACCGAGAAAACUGUCAUCUGCUAUCAGGAACGUAGCAAUAAUAGCACCAAGACAAGCUUCUAUCAGGUCACCAAUAAGUCCGAUGAAAACAAUUUUAGAAAAAGGAGAAAUGAUAAGAGAUAAAGCUGUAGAGAAAAGCACAGCUAAAAGAUUAUCAAUUAACGGUUCUAACAAAGGAACCGGAUUGUAA